GGAGGCAUGGAGAGCCUGCUGGAGAAUCCGGUGCGUGCCGUGCUCUACCUGAAGGAGCUCACGGCCAUCGUGCAGAACCAGCAGAGCCUCAUCCAUACCCAGCGUCAGCGUAUCGACGAGCUGGAGCGGCGGCUGGACGAGCUAAGCGCUGAGAACCGCAGCCUGUGGGAGCACCAGCAGCUACUGCAAGCCCAGCCUCCGCCCGGGCUUGUCCCCCCGUCGCCAGCCCCGCUACCGGUUAUCCCAGUCACCGCUGCCACCCCCGCCGCCGCCGCCGCCGCCGCCCAGGAACCGCUCCAGAACCACGGACAGCUCCUGCCCUCCUCGCCACAGACCGCGCCGGAGCAGCCACCGCUUCAGCACCACGGACAGUUUCUUGUGCAGCCCCCACCGGGCCCUAGCAGUAGGGCGCACGCACCCCAGUCGCCCCACCAGCACCCGGUGUCUCCGGGGGCCGUCGCCAACAAGGAGAAGGAGCGGUCCCCGAGUUGUUGCGCUGCCGCUGGAACCCUCCUUCAGCACAAAUCCCCUGCUGCCCUCGGCAAGGGCGUCCUGAGCAGGAGACCUGAGAAUGAGACUGUGCUGCAUCAGUUCUGCUGCCCUGCCGCCGAUGCCGAGCAGAAGCCCUCCUGUGCUGACCUGGCCUCCCAAAGUGACGGCUCCUGUGCCCAGGCCAGUGGGGGCAUGGAGGACUCCGUGGUGGCAGCAGCAGCGGUGGCAGCCGGCAGACCCAGUGCCCAUGCCCCGAAGGCUCAAGCCCAGGAGCUGCAGGAGGAGGAGGAGCGGCCAGGGACAGGGGGUGCCUCCCCGAGGGCUGGCCCCCACCGUGGGGCCUCCCCUGGCCAGCAGCAGCCUGCCUUGGCGACAGCGCUCUGCUCCCACGCCCCUGCUGCCUCCGAUUACGAACUCUCCCUUGACCUAAAGAAUAAACAGAUUGAAAUGCUAGAACACAAGUACGGGGGCCACCUGGUAUCCCGCCGCGCCGCUUGCACCAUCCAAACCGCCUUCCGCCAGUACCAGCUCAGCAAGAACUUUGAGAAGAUUCGCAACUCGCUCCUGGAGAGCCGCCUGCCGCGUCGGAUCUCCCUGCGCAAGGUGCGUGCGCCCACCGCCGAGAGCCUGGCGGCCGAGAAGGCGCUCAUGGAGGGCUACGGCCUCCUGGGGCUGCCGCUGGUGCGCUCGCCCUCCCUGCCGCCCACCCUGGCCGGCACGCUCACCGAGCUGGAGGACUCCUUCACCGAGCAGGUGCAGUCCCUAGCCAAGUCCAUUGACGACGCCCUCAGCACCUGGAGCCUCAAAACCAUGUGCUCCUUGCAGGAGAGCGGCGCUUACCAGAUCCACCAGGCCUUGCACACCGGCGCCGGGCCGCCUGGCCUGGAAGCGGAGAUACGGGAGCAGGAGAGCGCCUACCAGGGACCUGGGGAAGAGGCCGCCCAGGCCGCGGGCCUGCCCCAGGGCCACAGCAGCACCCUGAUGAUGGCUUUCCGGGACGUCACCGUGCAGAUCGCCAACCAGAACAUCUCCGUCUCCUCCUCCACCGCUUUGUCAGUAGCCAACUGUCUGGGCGCACAGACUUCCCAGGCCCCGGCAGGGCUCGUGGCGGGCCAAGCGGAGCUGGGCGAGGGCCUGGGUCAGGAGGCGCCGGUGGCCCCAGCAGCGGGCCAGGGAGACGCGCCCGCCGAGAUCACCAGCGCAGAGGCGGGAGCCGGCGGGGCGGGGCGCGCCAGCACGCCUGGUCCCGAGGAUGCGGUGGUGGAGGAGGCCCGGGCCGUGCCGGUAGAGGAGGAAGAGGAGAAGGAGGAGACAGGGAAGGUGGGGAAAGGGGCCGAGGCUGAGACAGACACGGGCGACAACUCGGAGCAGCUGAGCAGCAGCAGCACGUCCACCAAGUCGGCCAAGUCGGGCUCGGAAGUCUCGGCGUCGGCCUCCAAGGAGGCCCUGCAGGCCAUGAUCCUGAGCCUGCCGCGCUACCACUGCGAGAACCCGGCCAGCUGCAAGUCGCCCACGCUCUCCACCGACACCCUGCGCAAACGCCUCUACCGCAUCGGCCUCAACCUCUUCAACAUAAACCCAGACAAGGGCAUCCAGUUCCUGAUCUCACGUGGCUUCAUCCCUGACACCCCCAUUGGAGUGGCCCAUUUCCUGCUCCAGCGCAAAGGCCUCAGCCGGCAGAUGAUCGGCGAGUUCCUGGGCAACAACAAGAAGCAGUUCAACCACGACGUGCUGGACUGCGUGGUGGACGAGAUGGACUUCUCCAGCAUGGAGCUGGACGAGGCCCUGCGCAAGUUCCAGGCUCACAUCCGCGUGCAGGGCGAAGCCCAGAAGGUGGAGCGGCUCAUAGAGGCCUUCAGCCAGCGCUACUGCAUGUGCAACCCCGAGGUGGUGCAGCAGUUCCACAACCCCGACACCAUCUUCAUCCUGGCCUUCGCCAUCAUCCUCCUCAACACCGACAUGUACAGCCCCAACAUCAAGCCUGACCGGAAGAUGAUGCUAGAGGAUUUCAUCCGAAACCUUCGAGGUGUGGACGAUGGCGCUGACAUCCCCAGGGAGCUGGUGGUGGGCAUCUACGAAAGGAUACAGCAGAAGGAGCUCAAGUCCAAUGAGGACCAUGUCACAUAUGUCACCAAGGUGGAGAAGUCCAUCGUGGGCAUGAAGACAGUGCUGUCAGUGCCCCACCGCCGCCUGGUGUGCUGCAGCCGGCUCUUUGAAGUGGCAGACGUGAACAAGCUGCAGAAGCAGGCCGCCCAUCAGCGGGAGGUGUUCCUCUUCAACGACCUGCUGGUGAUUCUCAAACUUUGCCCGAAGAAGAAGAGCUCCUCCACAUACACCUUCUGCAAGUCGGUCGGCCUGCUGGGCAUGCAGUUCCACCUCUUUGAAAAUGAGUAUUACUCUCAUGGCAUCACCCUGGUGACCCCGCUCUCGGGCUCCGAGAAGAAGCAGGUGCUGCACUUCUGUGCCCUGGGCUCAGACGAGAUGCAGAAGUUUGUGGAGGACCUGAAGGAGUCCAUCGCGGAGGUGACGGAACUGGAGCAGAUCCGGAUAGAGUGGGAGCUGGAGAAGCAGCAGGGAGCGAAGACACUGUCCUACAAGGCGGGAGGAGCCCAGGCGGACCCGCAGUCCAAGCAGGGAUCGCCUACAGCCAAAAGGGAAGCCGCGCUGGGCGAGAGGCCAUCGGAGAGCACGGUGGAGGUGUCAAUUCACAACAGGCUUCAAACGUCCCAGCACAACUCCGGGCUGGGGGCCCAGAGGGGAGCUCCAGUGGCACUGCCAGGCCCGCAGCCUAGCCCCUUGAGAGAGCAGCCCCCGCCGCCAGUGCCGCAGCUGCCACCCACGCCCCCGGGGACCCUGGUGCAGUGUCAGCAAAUUGUCAAGGUCAUUGUCCUGGACAAGCCCUGCUUGGCCCGCAUGGAGCCCCUGCUAAGCCAGGCUCUCUCCUGCUACGCCUCUUCCUCUUCUGACUCCUGCGGCUCCACACCCCGGGGUGGCCCAGGCUCCCCGGUGAAGGUCAUCCACCAGCCCCCCCUGCCCCCGCCCCCACCCCCCUACAACCACCCUCACCAGUACUGCCCUCCAGGCUCCCUGCUGCACAGGCGCCGCUACUCCAGCGGGUCCAGGAGCCUGGUGUAGACUGUUUGCCACGCUGCUGUUUCACCGGAGGGCUGCACCCAGGAGCCCCAGCUGCCCCUUUGCUGCUCCCCUCACCUUGGCACGCAGUGUUCCUGGUCACCGUCACCAUCAUCUUGGAAAGAGAACCCCAGUCCCUGGCAGGUGGAUUUGCCUCACCCGACCGUUCCCUUACUCAGAUGGGCACCCCCCCCCCAAAUCUGGAGACACCACUGCACUCUCCUGGCCUUGCACAGUCUGCCCGGCCAGGCCUCAUCCUCCUGCCACCGCUCAACACCUGGACCAUGGACUGGAGAGAAUAGGGACUGAGGGCCUGCUCGGCGUCUGGGUCCUGAGUCUGUUGGGCCCUGGGCCUCAAGCUGGGAGGGUCGUGCAAGAGGCUGGGGCCAGUACCCAAGCACCGGACAGCAAGUGGCCUGGCUUCCUGCUCAGCAAUCGGUGUUGCACUCGGAGGAGGAGGGUUGGCCCUGGAUCCCUGGAAGGACCGAGAAGGUGGGAAUGUGAAGGGUCUUUGUUGCACCUGCCCCCGGAAGCCUGGCAGGCUCAGGAGGCCGCUGGUCUGUCCCCGAGGAUGCUGUCCUAUCACGUCCUCCCCCUCCGCCCCAGGCCUGCUCUUUCUCCGGAGCUGGGCCCUGCCUGCCCAGGGCUACCCAGACUCCAGCAAAGCUUUGAUAAAGGAGGGAGGAAGGGGGCCAUCUCAGGUCUCUCUAGGUCCAUUCAACAGGCCUACAGAACCAUGAGGCCAUUUAUCUACAAAAUUUUAGAGUUUUAGUUCCCUAGCCCCAAAUAAUACCCAGCCAGUGCACAGUGCACCCCAGGUGUAAACAUGAACACACGUGGGAACUGGGCUAAUUUCUUCCCCAGUGGGAAGAAACAGGAAGAAGGGGCAGCGGUCUGCCAGGGGCAAAUGCAGCCAGCGGAAGUGGAUUGGGAGACAGGGCUCCCUCCCGCACGACAGCUGUGACCUCCAUGGGAAUCAAGAUGCA